GGCUGUGGUGGAGGUUGUUUCGUGUGUGUGUGUGCGCGCGUGUAUGUGUCAGUGCUGUGUCUGGCCAGUGCUGUGUGUACCACCGCCGCAACCCACGACUCUCUCCUGGGAUUUAUCAAACUUUAUUUUCUUUCUCCUAACAGCUCUUAUUCACGAGUGCAAGUAUCAUUUUUAAGAUCCUCUCAGAUUGACAGAGGUACUCAGUAGGCAGGCGGACCUGUGAAUUCGCAUCCUGUAGGCGCGGGGAUAAGCACACAGGGGCGUAGCUCAGGACUCGUUCCUCCCCACCUUCAGGAGUCAUCAGGUCUGCGCUCUGCCGCCCCCAUACAACUUUAUACAGGGCAGCAUCACUCUGUAUCUGCCGAGUUCUUCGAGAUUCUUGUGUGAUAUCUUUAAGGGAGUGACAUCAGGCACAUAAUACUUAGUGACGUGUGCUAUUGGGCAAUUUUCUGAGCCUAACAACCUGUGUAUGACUGAGGUUAGCUAAGUGGAGAAUAUACAGUACAAGAGCCAGUGAUUACAGCUGUCACGUUUGCUUCGUCGAGAAGUGUUACCAGACGUGAACAGCCAGUGUGUACACUUGAAGUGUUGAACUUAGUAAUAUUUAAGUGUACCUAUAAGUGUAGGAUAAGUGUAGUGAUGAAGGAAGAAGGUGUGAGUGCUCACGGUGAGUCGCUACGAGCACUCAACCUGCAGCCUCCCAAGAUUCGUAGUCACCUCGACCUGCUAGCUGACCCCCUGGCGCCCCUCCGUGCACCCUCCAGCCCCGCCCCCGCCCAUGCUCGCGUCGCCGCCGCCCACAGUCUGAGGGGAGUGUUCCAGUCUCGGCUUAAUGGUCCGCUGGGUUCACUACAGCCGCCAAAGCGUCCUAACAACCCACUGGCCGCGGGUAGGUCACCCCGUUCAGUGAAGCGUCCUAGUAGCCGCUACCUGCGCCCACCUAGGGCAAGGAGUCAGCCACCCACUGACAAGGAAAAUGUUGCCGGUUUCGAGGAUGAGGAGGAUGAGGGGUUUGAGGAUGUGUGGGCGGGGAAUGGGCGGGAGGAAUCACGGUGUAUGGGUGGUGGGCGUGAUGGUGAGGACACUAACACCAGGUGGGCUGGAGAUCUUACUCGACUCUCCUCAGCACUGGACCAGCUGGCUGCCCUCUGUAACGCAACUCAGCGGCCACACAGUGCCCAGGCUGACACCUUCCCUACUAGCAGUGACCCCUCCAGCCCUGCCCACCAUUCCUACCAUCCUCCCCCCAAUCCCUUGCCCACCACCGUAUCCCCGACGUGUCCAGUGCACGGCACCAACGCCCUACUAGCCCACACCUUGGCCCACACCCAGGCCUCGGGUGAGGGGGGUCGAGCCUCCCCCAGGACAAUCAAUCCACAGUUCCAGGAGAGUGAUUCUGGGGGCAGCUCUGCUGGGCAUGUUGCCUCCUCUCCACCCAGCCCUACCGAGGCCUCCGGUGGGAGGGAGGUUGCGGGCGUGGCCAGGAGGAUGGGCGUGGCUCUCCGUGCCCUGGGCGGGCGGCUGGCAGCCUGGAGCAGGGGCGUGGAUGGUUCUCAGGGGUCAUCGCAACUCUCAUCAUCGUCGUCGUCAUCGUCGUCACCAGUAGCUGCCAGACAUUCAGGUGAGUUAUGUCAGCAUCAGUGAUGACUGGAGCUGUGGUAAGUUCUUGAUGACUGGAGCUGUGGUAAGUUCUUGAUGACUGGAGCUGUGGUAAGUACUUGAUGACUGGAGCUGUGGUAAGUACUUGAUGACUGGAGCUGUGGUAAGUACUUGAUGACUGGAGCUGUGGUAAGUACUUGAUGACUGGAGCUGUGGUAAGUACUUGAUGACUGGAGCUGUGGUAAGUUCUUGAUGACUGGAGCUGUGGUAAGUACUUAAUGUGAAUAUUAUCCUGGCCGGUAUUUAUAAUGGUUAUAAUUAUAACCAUAAUUUUUAAAGGGAUGGACCGGUAAGCCGGCAGAAGGCCUCGGUCAGAU